CACGUGGGAUGGCUGGCCUGAGGUUCUAGAAACGACGUCAAGCUCCAGGGCUAUCCACGCGCGAUGCAUGCGGCAUGCUCAAGUCUACCAGGGCAUUGAGUGACGAGGCUUCCCUUCUCGUCUCAGAACGAUCAACCAUGCAAACGACGAUAACACAUACUCACGCGAUCUGACAAGUCGCCUUCAUAUCUUGGUAAACUAUCCCGCAGAUUGCGACGACCCUCAAGCUGGACGACCAGAUGGCGUCGCCUCCGCCGGUGGAGGACCAGGCGAGGCUGCUGGAGGAUGCUCUGGCUGUAGUCAAACAGCAGACUGUCCUCAUGCGCCGAUGCCUGGAGACGCCCGGAAAACUUAUGGACGCUCUCAAAUGCAGCUCUACACUCGUGUCAGAACUACGGACGAGCAGUCUAGGACCUAAGCAGUAUUACGAGCUCUACAUGUCGGUCUUCGAUGCGCUGCGCCAUCUCUCCGUCUACCUUCGCGACUCACAUCCCACCAAUCACCUCGCCGACCUAUACGAGCUAGUGCAAUAUGCAGGCAACAUAGUGCCACGAUUGUACUUGAUGAUCACAGUUGGAACGGUAUACAUGGGAAUUGAAGAAGCGCCUGUCAAGGAGAUUAUGAAGGACAUGAUGGAGAUGAGUCGUGGUGUGCAGCAUCCGGUUCGCGGCCUCUUCCUGCGAUACUACCUCAGCGGACAGGCGCGGGAUUGCCUUCCGACAGGAUCUGGAGAUGGGCCAGAAGGGAAUCUGCAAGACAGCAUAAGCUUCAUCCUCACCAAUUUCGUGGAGAUGAACAAGUUGUGGGUACGGUUACAACAUCAGGGACACUCGAGAGAACGGGAGCAGCGCACGAAGGAGCGACAAGAGCUCCAGCUAUUAGUCGGUAGCAAUCUGGUCCGUCUGAGCCAGCUGGUCGAUCUGGAGAGCUACCAGAACGUCAUACUGCAGCCCCUAUUGGAACAAGUCGUGCAGUGCCGAGACGUACUCGCGCAAGAAUAUCUCCUCGAAGUCAUCACCCAAGUUUUCCCCGACGAGUUUCACCUGCAUACACUGGAUCAGCUGCUUGCCGCGACCGCAAGAUUGCACCAGAACGUCAACACUAAGGCCAUCGUCAUCGGUCUUAUGGAUCGACUAUCUGCAUUCGCAUCCCGCGAAGCGGAGACGAAGUCGCCCGAGGAACGCAAAGAAGAAGAGGAGAAAUCUGUUGUUGCGCUUCUUGAGAAACUCAAAUUGUCGCGAGAGGCGGCAGAGAAGGCCGUGGCUGAAGGUGCAGAGGAAGCGCAAGCUGUGAACGGCGAAGAAGGAAAAGAUGCGGACGAAGGCGCCACCAGCGCAGCUGAGACCGCGACAGAUUCGGGUGAAGCAGUAUCAGCACCAGAGACGAACGGUGACACGGAAAAGACAAAGGGUAUCCCUGGUAAUGUGAAGCUGUUCGAAGUGUUCUACGAGCAGGUUGUGCACUUGGUGAGCAUGCAAAGGCUGCCUAUCCAGGACAUCACAGCAUUACUUGUCUCGCUUGUGAAUCUCGCGCUCAACAUCUACCCGGAACGUCUUGACUAUGUUGAUCAGGUGCUGCACUACGCCUCGAAGGAAGUGGCGCGAUUUAACAAUUCUACAGAUUUGCAUUCCGUGCAAUGUCAAGCGAACAUGCUGGCGCUGCUCCUCGGCCCAGUCAAGGCAUACUGUUCCCUCUUCACCGCGCUCGCACUUCCAAGCUUUGUUCCACUCUACCAACAACAACCGUAUCCUACCCGGAGAGCAGUGGCCGGCGAGGUGGCUCGAAGUCUGCUUCGUAACGAGACCAAGAUCACAACAUCAGAGCAUUUCGAUGGCGUCCUACAGAUACUGUCGGUUCUGAUCAAAGAAGGCAUGCAAUCCGGAUCCGGCUAUCCAGGAGGUGCUGUUCGCCGAGGCGCCGCCGAGACUGAAGAGACGAUCGAAGAACAGGGGUGGCUCGCACGUAUAGUACACCUCAUCAAAGGCUCCGACAAUGUGGCGCAGUUUCAGCUCCUACAGAAAGUCCGCUCUGCGCUUGCAGAGGGAGGUGAAAGGAUCAAGUACACAACACCAGCCAUCAUCACACAAUCGCUCAAGUUGGCGCGGAAUUUCAAGCGAAGGGAGCAUCUAUCGAAUGACGACUUUGCGGUACAAUCAGGUGCCUUGUACAAGUUCAUGCAUUCGUCUCUGUUAGCGCUCUAUUCGAAAGUCACAAGCAACGGCGUGCCGGAUCUCGUACUUCGCCUGUUCGUCUCUUGCGGCCAGGUUGCCUGUCAGUGUGACAAUGAGGACGUGGCCUACGAAUCCUUUGCUCAGGCUUUCACCGUCUACGAAGAGUCCAUCUCGGAUUCGCGGUUGCAGUUCCAGGCCAUUUGUAUCAUCGCGGGAGCACUCUCGGGUUGCUCAGAAAAGUUCAGUCGCGAGAGCUACGAUACACUCAUCACAAAGGCUGCGCUACACGGCAGCAAGUUGCUCAAGAAGCCGGAUCAGUGCCGUGCUGUCUACCUCGCGAGCCAUCUGUGGUGGGUGGUUGAAAAGGUUGAAAGGCAAGAGGGCGCCAAGGAGGCUUAUCGCGACGGCAAACGUGUGUUGGAAUGUCUCCAACGUGCGCUCCGAGUCGCAGAUGCCUGUAUGGACACCGCUGUAUCUGUGGAGCUCUUCGUCGAGAUUCUGAACCGAUACGUGUAUUACUUCGACCAGGAGAACGAUGCCGUCACGACGAAAUACCUCAAUGGCCUGAUCGAACUCAUCCACUCCAAUCUCAACACCAGCGAGAAUGUGAGCGCCUUGGAGAGUCCUCGAAAGCAUUUCCAGCGUACGCUGGAAUACAUCUCGAGCCGGGAUUACGAGGGUGUGGAAACGAAGAUCAAGUCGUGAGCAAGAUUGUCGUGGGGAUCGAAAGACGAAAAGCGUGUCAAGCAUGGGAUCUGCCAUGUUCGCAUUGUACCAGAUCGUAUGUAGCAUUGCAGAGCCAGACGGUAGAUAGACGAUCACUCACACAGUGUGUAUAUCACGUGGGCAUUGACGAAGUCACGACACUGGUCUAUUUGACGACGUUCAAACACAUUCCUCCUCUGCGAACCGAUUACCCGACUGCCCAGGGGGAUAACCUCGUCGUUCUGGUCUUGAAAUCCAACUUUGGUGAUGAUUGUGGCGUGACCAGCUUUGCCAUGAUCGCAUCACUGCCAGGAUCAUUCCUGGAAAGUCGUCUGAUGAUUGUAAAUACUGUACUGUAUCAUCAUCGCAGCGCGUGCAUGCGUGGGGCAAUGACGGUCAAAGGGCAGAAGGAACGAUGACGUAGCCGCCUGGAUAGUGUCGCAUGCUCACUUGCAC